AUGGUAGACGCCAAACGAUGCAACAAACGAAUCGCCAAGGCCAUCAUUUGGAUUCUGCUGCAACAGUGGUUUUGGACGGCAUUGUUGGGUAGCUGGUUCCACCAACAGCUGAUUGUAACGGCAGAUACAAGCGCGCGGAUUGACGCGAACAGUCUUCAUAACGGCGCCGUUGCUCGCACAAACAUCGACACGGCCCCCGUGAACAACGCGGACAAGAACGAACCGGUACAGGUUAACAUUAAAGAGGAUAUUAUCAAACUGAAGAGCCCCGAUUCCUACAUGACCGACGAACGGGAAUGUAUUCUCGGGCAAGCGGCGUACUAUUUGAAAAAUUGGCUGAUGGCCAAUGCUACCAUCAACCGUCUGAAUACAGAUUUACGAUUUCCAGCGCUAUAUAACUUAAGGGUGCUUGAUUUGCGCAACUGUGGAUUGAUGCUGCUGGAGUACGAUACCUUUGCUUCUUUCGUUAAUCUGGAGCAGCUUUAUCUGUCCCACAACUACCUGGAAAGGAUAACGGCCGUUCAUAUGCAGCCUCUUGGAAUGUUGCGCCACCUUGAUCUCGCCUACAACUCCAACGGUCAGCAGGCGUACUACAACACUUACAUGUCGUUAGAGAUUGUGCCGGACCCGUACAUCAGCCUUACCGAGGGGCUCGACCUGACCGAAAACGUUUUCGAUCCACUCGAGCGGCUCGAGUUCCUUGAUCUAUCGCACACGAAGCUACUUCCCACGAGUGCGCGCGCGUUCCGAAGGUUGGCAGUGGAAGAGCUGAGCCUCUGCUACACAGGAAUUUCGAUAAUCGUCGGGUCAAUGAUGUACGGGGCGCUACGGGCACUGGACAUAUCCGGCAAUCCAGGAAUAACAGCGGCCAUCCAUCACGACACGGGCGGGGGAAGCAUACGCGGUCUGAAUGGAAACAUCGAAGUACUGGCCUGCGAGAACGCGUCGGUCAAGUAUCUGGAUUGGGUGGAGGGCAUGGUCAAUCUGCGCGUACUGCUGCUCAGCUACAACAACAUCAACCAGCUGACGAACCAAACGUUUUCCACACUUGCCCGGCUUGAGGUUUUGGAUCUAAGCGCCAAUCACAUCAGCAACUGGCGCUGGCGUAUAUUCACCUCGAACCCCAACCUGGCCGUGCUGGACCUCUCGGCAAACAAUCUCAACGUACUGACCACCGAAAUGCUGAGUGACUUUGAGCACGUCCGGUUUCUCGCCAUCGGGCAGAAUAAUUUCAUGUGCCACUGUCUGCUACGGGAGCUGAUGGACAUGGCUGCGCGGAACCCGGACGGUGUGGGAUGCAUUAUACGAUCCUUGGGACAGUACUACUUACGAAGGACGGAGAACGAAACCAGCGACAUCCGGGCCCUUAGUAGCGAAAUGCAAAGAAACCCUCAGUAUGGAACAAUCGAACAUUUUAUCUCCAAAGUAAGUUCGCAGCGCAAGCGGAGAUUAAAUGCUACGGCACAGAUUUGGGUGCAUACCCGCAGCGUAGACCGGGGACAAUCACAUUUGAGAUCCUUACAAAUCUUGCCAUGCAACGCCAGCCGGGAACCGGGGGAUGAGUCCGUGGAGGAGAAGGACGAGGAAGCACAGUUAAUUCAACUGAUCGAUUAUGAUCCCAAUAACUACAAGUGUCGCGAUUUGGAGAACGUGGAGUACAACUUCGAUGAGCAGGAAAUAUGUACGUUCGAUCGGGCGCUUCUGGAUGAACUAUUCUUGGACCACUUUAGCAAUACCACCACAACGACGGUGAUCAAGUUUUUGAUCAUUUUUUUCGGCUUUGCCUUGGUCGCGUUUAUUAUUUACGUCUCCAAGUGGGACUAUGUGAAGUAUUUUUGCAUCAUUCUGCGCAAUGCCACUGUGCUGAGCAUUUUGCGGCAUAAGAGUGAAGAUUUCGAAGAGAACCGUGACCGGCGACUGUCCACGUGUAGCUUUGCGUAUGAUGUGUUCGUAAGCUACUCGGAGCACGAUCGUCAGUGGAUCCUCGAUGAGCUGCUACCGAACCUGGAAAAAUCGGAGGACAUAAACGUGUGUUUGCACGAGCGUGACUUUAAGGUCGGGGUUAGUAUAUUAGAAAACAUUAUCCACUGCAUGGACCAGUCUCGGACGUUGCUUUUGGUGAUAUCCGAGCGCUUCCUUCUUAGUCACUGGUGUCAGUUCGAAAUGCACUUGGCUCAGCAUCGCCUUCUCGAAACACGACGAGAGCACCUGAUAUUGGUCAUUUUGGAGGAUAUACCGAAAAUCAAACGACCCCGCACGUUGCAGUACCUUAUGAAAACGAAAACGUACAUCAAAUGGCCGACGACGCCCAGGGAAGGUACAUUAGGUGCGGACGAUGAGCCGAGCGGCAGAAGCGUUUGGAAUUUCGGUCGCAAUAAACGAAAACCGAAGGCGGCAGAUAAAAGAUGGACUGCAUCGAUGCUACUUGCGGAAAGAAAUCUUUUCUGGGACCGGCUUAAAAAAGCCAUCCACGACGGAAUCAACUGGGAACCAGCCGAUAAGAUGCUAGUUUCAACUGCCUGA